AUGGCCACAACAAAGAGCCAUUUUCUAUUCAUUUUAGUAUGUUUUAUCUCUUCCUUAUUGUUUGUUCAAAGAGUUGCAUCAGUAGAUUAUAAAGAAGCUCUUACUAAAUCCUUAUUGUAUUUUGAGGCUCAAAGAUCUGGAAUCUUACCCCCUAAUCAAAGAGUAACAUGGCGAGACAACUCUGCACUGGAAGACGGCCAAAAAUCACAAGUUGAUCUUGUUGGUGGAUAUUAUGAUGCUGGCGACAAUGUAAAGUUUGGGUUUCCAAUGGCAUUCACAAUAACAAUGCUUUCAUGGAGUGUCGUGGAUUUUGGUAAAUAUAUAUCAGAGCGUGACGAACUCACUUACGCCCUAGAAGUUAUAAAAUGGGUAACGGAUUACUUAAUCAAAGCCAGUCCAUAUGAUGGCAUCUUGUACGGUGAAGUUGGGGAGGGAAAUACUGAUCAUGCUUGUUGGCAAAGGCCAGAAGAUAUGACAACGCCAAGGACAACAUACAGUAUUGAUGCUGCGCAUCCGGGGUGUAGACACUAA